AUGAGCGCACCAGCACAGCGAGCGACGCUGACCUUUGUCACGGGCAACGCCAACAAGCUGCGAGAGGUCAAGGAGAUCCUCGCCUCGUCGCCCGACUUUCCCUUUGACCUGACCAACCAGGACCUCGACCUGCCCGAGAUCCAGGGCACCACGCAAGAAGUGGCCAGGGCAAAGUGCUCGGCCGCAGCCGCCGCGCUCAACGGUCCCUGCAUCACCGAGGACACCGCCCUCUGCUUUGCCGCCCUCAACGGCCUGCCGGGACCUUAUAUCAAGGACUUCAUGAAGGGCGUCGGCCACGCGGGCCUCAACUCGAUGCUCGACGGCUUUUCCGACCGCACCGCCCACGCGCUCUGCACCUUUGCCUACUGCCGGGGCCCCGGCCAGGAGGUGCUCCUCUUUGAGGGCAGCACCGAGGGCACCAUCGUCCCGGCCCGCGGCGACAAGAAGUUCGGCUGGGACCCCAUCCUCGAAGUCAAGGGCACCGGGCUCACCUACGCCGAGAUGGAGUCCACCCAGAAGAACACGCUCUCGCACCGCUACAAGGCCCUCAGUGCGCUCAAGGAGUACCUCUGCAGCAAGCCCUGA